ACAACUGUCAUCUGUCCGGUGCGACAUGUCUGUAUUUUUCUGCGACAUAUUUUCGAAUAUUUUUUCGAAUUUUCUACGCAAAAGGGUGAACUAAUUUCGAUGUGAAAAUGGCUAUUUGUUUGCGAACACUAUCUCAUAAAAUCUUGCCUAUAAAUGGGAUAGUUUCUACUAAGAAUCACUCUAAUCGUCUAACCCGAAAAAUACCACUUCGAACACAAUUUCUCGAAGAAUGUCUUACCCGGCGUCGUAUUUCUAGCUACCAACUGGCGCCGAAAUGCACUACCGAACACAACAUUGACGAUUUAUACAUCAACGAGCUACUGUCUUCGACGGCGAAGUCGAGAAGUAGCAUUGCCGAAGAUGUAGAUGCUUUCAGGGCAGAAGCCAGAUGUUUGGACAGCUACAAUUAUCACGAUAGUAUCCAGAUGAAACCUUUGGGUUUGACCUCUGAUGACUACGUGGAGCAAAGAAUGACCCCCGCCGUUAUGAACAGAUAUCCAUACACUUGUAUCAGUAGUGUUGACUUCACAAAAUAUAGUAAUGAGAGUGAGAAUCUGGAGCCGACAUGUCUGUCGGACUUCGAGAGGGAUGCGAUAGCAUACUGCACAGGUCCGGUGGUGCCAUCCCCAUCCCAGCCAUCUGAGCUCAACUCCGAGGGAAGGCCCAGUGAGGAGCAGCUAAUGAAAGUAUUCCAUGUUCUCUCAAAGACGAUGCCAGAACUGUUCAUUAAGCCUUUAGACUACUCCAUCUACCACCCAAAUCUUGUGUUUGUGAACAACAUUAGGGGAAUCACCACUAUAGGUUUGUUCCACUAUGUCAAGCAGAUUGCCCUGUUACGUACUGUGGGGCACCUCAAAUUUGCUUAUGUAAAGUUAGAAGUCAUGAAGAUAACAGCACAUCCAGAGGAUUCAUCAAUCAGAUUAAGGUGGCGCAUUCGAGGCAUAUCUGGAUUUAAAGUUUUCUUCAUGUUCUGGAAGUACAAACUGUGGAAUCUGAAGGAAGCAUUCAAAGAUCAGGAACUGUGGUAUGAUGGCUUCUCUACAUUCUAUGUAGGCGCCGAUGGUUUGAUACAGAAACACAUCGCUGACAAGGUUAUGCCAGACCAGGACACCAUAAUCGACGACGAGGAGAAGGCGCCGAUCGCGGCGAAGAUAGCUCUGCUCAUCGGACUGCUGCCUCGGAACUACUUGUCCGACGUGGCGCCCUAUUUCAGCACGUCAUCUGGCACCGCCGACGCCACCCCGCUGCCCUUCAAGGCUUUAGAGUAGCAGAACAACCGAUGCGUGGGUUACAGCUGGGUUACAUGAUUGAACAAAUGCUAUCGUUAUUUGCUUACAACAAAAUCACGCGCUUUUUUAAAUAACAUUAUCGUAAGACUAAUAAAACACCAAAAAGAAAUUCCACCAGAUAUUUGGUCAACAAUAUUAGUCCUAGUAAAUUGGGUAAUGUGAUUUGUAACGAUUUAAUAGAUAUCAAGAGCUAACACCGGUUUCAAAGCCCGCGCUAAGGUUGCUGUAGCCAUGUGAUAAAUGCGUGAACUAAGAGCUGAUGAGGGCUUGUAUUACAGACUAAAAUGGAUUUAAAGUGUAUCUUGCACCUUAAUUGAAAUAAUAUAACAACUGAGGAAUGUUAUGUAAUAUUCGCCCAAGUCUGGACUAGAUAGAAAAUCUUUGAUGGUGCACAUGCGCGGUAAAUGUGCGAGUCUUCGCGGUUUUAUGCUAACGACCCAAUUUUGUAGAUCAGUCUGUAAAUAUACUAAAAUGUAUACUUUAAUCAUACUUGUUGGAAGUAACUUCAAAAUACUUUGUGAUGUGAAGAACAACAGAAAAUUAAUAUGAAAUCGCAUCAUACGAGAUUUACAUUAAAACCUAUGUAAUAUCACUAAUACGCAACAUCAAUUUUGAUAUGUAUGUAUUAUUUAUAAAUUGUGUUAGUUACCGCUUGGGUUAUUAAAAUGAGAUAUUUUAUUUGGCGCUUCACUUUGCUAUUUCGUAAAGUGCUUUAAUAGAGUGGUAUCCAAGAGUGCUAUUCAUUAGACAAAUGAUUUAUCUUGUAUUAGUAUGUAUAGCACUGUAUUUCGAUACAAUAAAACAUUGUUAAUAAA